ACCAACAUGAAGCUAACUUUAUUCAUCACUUUCGGAUAUUUAGUCUGGACUGUGUCCAGCGAAAUCGACUGCGAUCAGGCGGACAAUAUUAACGAGGGACACAUCCAUUUGUGCUGCAAACAUCCCGAGGAUGAAAAUGAGACUGUUGACAGCUGUGCCAAGGAAACGAACUUCAGGAUGCCUUCUGCUCAGGAUCACAAUGUACUCGACCUAACUGCUGAUGGCGCUAUAUCCGCCACGUGCUUCUCCGAUUGUAUGUUGAACAAAAUGCACUUCAUAAAGGAUCACAAACUGGAUAUGGUUGCCAUAAAGGCGUACUAUGAAAAGAAGUAUAGUCAUGAUGCCGAGUAUGCUAGCGAAAUGAUUAAUGCCUUUGAUCAUUGUCAUGGCACAACUCAAAGAAAAGAAGCGAACUUCUUGAUGAAGCAUAUGCCGCACAGUUGCAACACCAAUUCGAGCGUUAUUCUGGGCUGUGUUGUCAAGCAGUUCUUCCACAAUUGCCCAAGUAAUCGUUGGGCUCAGACUCAGGAAUGCAAGGAUACCUUGGAGUUCAGCAAGAGUUGCCCAGAUGCAUUUGCUUCACUCUAAAUAAGAACAUUUUUUGCGACCUAAUAAAACGAGCAGUCCAGACAAAAUAUUUGUUUAAGUAU